UAACCAACUCAUGCAUGUGUCCAUCUAAAUAUUUUGUGUUCUCCACUAUGUAGCUUUUCGCAUAUUAAUAAAUAUUGUUUCUUCUUUGCCAAUAUAAGAAGCUACAUUGGAAUCACUAUGAAGAGAAAUUGUUAUUUUGAUUCAUUAUCUCAAAAAUCAACGGAUGACAUAGACAAACAACUUGUUGCCAUUGCUCAUGGAUAUCACAAAUUUGAUGAUAGAGAAUUUCAGGCUAGAGUGAUAAUAUGGUUGGCAAAUCAAGAAAUGGAAGGAAGGAAUGGUAGGAAAAAUUUUCCUCCAACACUAUCACUUUCAUUGCAACCUCAAGUGUUAUUAAUGCAUGCUUCACAUGGCUUUUCCAUAAAGCGAUCUCUUGAAAAUUUUCUCCAAAAGAGAAAGAAAAGGAUUCAAAGUCACGCCUCUGUUACGUGUCAUGAUAGUAAUAGUACAAAUUAGUGAAGUGAUUGGAAUCAAUUCAUGUUCAUGAUUUGUAGGAUAAUUGAAGCCUACAAGUGUGUAUUUUAUUGUAUUUUUAAUUAAUAUAGGCAUGACUAGCUGGUGACAAUUAAGGCACGUUUUUUAUUUAUAUGAAUGAAGAAUAUUGACACUUUCAAUCUACUACUAGAAUCUAGAGCAAUGGUUUAUAGUUAUA